AUGUCUUCGUCUUCUUCGACGGGGCUCUUCUUUUUCAUGUCGCUUAUGGUCCCAAAUGUGAACCCUAACAUUCACGGGAGAACUCUUCUAUUAUCACUACAAGAAAAUUGGCAGAUUGCGACAGGGUUGCCUUCUACUUUUGAUGGUUCGAGUUUUUCUGUGUUUUGGAAGAGGAGGGACGGGGUUUUGGUGACUCGAUCAGCUAAAGUGAUUCAGUCUGUAGCUGAAUAUGAUGAGAAGUUGACUUAUACUUGCUCGGUUUACGGCAGUAGGAGUGGACCUCACCAUUCUGCAAAGUAUGAAGCGAAGCACUUUUUGCUAUAUGCUUCUCUUCUCAGUGCACCGGAGCUUGAUUUGGGGAAGCACCGAGUUGAUCUCACGAGGUUGCUUCCUCUUACUCUGGAGGAGCUUGAGGAGGAGAAGAGCUCGGGUAAGUGGACUACUAGUUUCAGGUUAUCAGGAAAGGCUAAGGGUGCUGUGAUGAAUAGUGGUAGUCUUCCAUUGACGAAACCAGAUGUUAAACAGAGACAAUAUGAUGGAAGCAGCAGUGUGAGGCGUGCUGGAAGUUUUCACGGUGCUUUACCCGUAGACGCUUCUCAAGGUAAAAACCUUAGCAGACUGUACUCGUCUCAAGCUGUAGAGUCGGUAAAGGAUCUUCAUGAGGUGUUGCCAUCUUCUAAGUCUGCACUAGCCAGCUCAAUAGGCGUCUUAUAUAAGAAAUUUGACGAGGAAAAAGAAAGCAGAUCGGUGGACAACAAACCUGAUCCUGAUUUGUCAAAAGAAAAUAUUGAGCUAAUUAAACCAGAUGCGUGUGCUUCAUCUGAUAUUGAAAAAGAAAUGCAGGAAGUGCAUGUAGAUAACGAUGGAAAUACAUCUCCAGUGCUUGACACACCUGAACUCGAUGUAUUUCAUGAAAACCUAGAGACAGAUAAACAAGAUGGCUAUCUUUUACUUGAUUCUGAAAAAGAAAACCCCGAAGACUGUCAAGAUAAGGAUUUUUCUGUCGUUGAUAAGGGUAUAGAAAUCUCACCAAUUGAACCCGUUAAAGUAGAGGAAUCAUUCACAGAGGCUUCUGAAGAUGCUUCUACAGUUGAUAGUUCUCUUAUCCUAGAUACUGCAGGUUUACAAGUUUCUUCCGAAGAUAGUUUUAUACAUGAUUCUCUUCAUGAGGCAAAUGACGGUUGUAAGGAUCACACGGUGGCCGAUGAAUCUGCUUACGAAGAUGAUGAUUUAUUCACAAAUGAACUGCUGCAAGAAUUAGAAGCUGCUAUAAAUAGUGUCUCAGAUUUGGAGACGGUGGCUCUAGAAUCUCCAAAAAAAUUGGAAUUCAGAACUGAAUAUAAGAUGAGAAAGACAGAUAGCUUAGACGAUGUUACAGAAUCGGUUGCAAAUGAAUUUUUAAGCAUGCUAGACAUAGACCAUAGUUCAGCGGGCUCAAAUUCUGGAAACGAGCCCGAGUCUCCGAGAGAGCUUCUGUUAAGACAAUUUGAGAAGGAAUCACUGGGUGGUGGCUUCUCUUUAUUUGAUUUUGAUAUGGACUGUGACAACGAAGCUGGUGAUGACUAUGAUGCCUCUACUGGAUCUGAGCAGUUGAACUCCUUAUGGUGA